UCGAAUCCAGCGUUUCGACGUGAUCGACGGCGAAUCUGAUUGGAUGACGCGCCUGUCUGUCAACGAAGAGCCUGACCGUGAUUGUUGUAUUGUUCCUCCCACCCCCAGCCAUGGAGCGAUCGCGUUCCUUCCUACGAAUCUCAUCUUUCGCUUCCGAAGUAUUGUGAGAUAUAUUCUGUUUAGAAGCGGAGCUUUUCAGUCAAAAUACAGCCAAAUGCAUCGCAGUCUGUAUAUCUACUCUUCAUCCAAAUAUGGCGUUUGAUUAAACUUUUUUUUUAAAUUGCAAAUCAAAAAAGAUGCUAGUGAGAAAAGUAGAAAAGGAGGCACCAGAGAUUACCGUCACGUUUGAUUUUAAACGUGUGGAAAUUGACUCUCUAAAUAUUUUAGGACGGUAGCUCUGGAGAUGCAUGCAAUGCAGUCACAAUGCAUUCUGCAUUAAUAACAUGAGAAUCCAUGCUGCAAAAGCUUCACAAACAAGGAAAAGCACAUCAGGUACGUUAGAUAAUAGUAUCCAGCAGCUGCGGUACAGGAACAUGAAACACCGUGUGUGGAUUCCGCUUCCCAGUGUUUUAGCCGAUAGACCGGUUGUCUACUAACCGCCGCCUUCCAGGUAAGGCAGAAGAAAAUAAAGGGCCCCCAUAGACCUGCGGAGAUGAGCAGAGUUGGGUACAGAGGAGGGUCCCGGCAGAAGGCGUCGUGCUGGAGGAGAGCACGUCAGUGAGGAUGCUACAGGUGGUGUCUGGAGGCUUCGGGGAACGAUGGUUCACUCAGCUAACGAGCCCGCUGUGGAUGCAGGGGAAGCCAACGGUACCUCCAUCCCCGGGGGAGUCGGACCUCUGAACCUGUCCCGGCUCUACCUGAGCGUGCAACGAAACGUGGCGGACAUGUCGACGGAGAACGCUUCCUCUGUUUUCAUAGCGACCACGGGCAGGGCGGCCAUCAGUCCCCUAGACAGUGCGGGGGGCUUCAGCCUGCCCCUUCAGGUGUUCUUUUUAAUCGUCAUCAUCUCCAUACUGCUGGUCGCCUUCCUUGGAAACGCGGUGGUCUGCCUGAUGGUCUACCAGCGCUCAGCCAUGCGCUCGGCCAUCAACAUCCUGCUAGCUAGCCUGGCCUUUGCGGAUAUGAUGCUGGCCAUCCUCAACAUGCCUUUUGCCCUCGUCACCGUGGUAACCGCCAGCUGGAUCUUCGGGGACGUCUUCUGUCGGGUCUCGGCCAUGUUCUUCUGGCUCUUCGUCAUCGAGGGGGUGGCUAUCCUGCUUAUAAUAAGCAUCGACCGGUUCCUCAUCAUUGUCCAAAAACAAGACAAGCUGAGUCCUUACAGGGCUAAAGUACUGAUAGGUAUCUCAUGGAGUGUCUCCUCCUGCUUCUCCUUCCCGUUGGCCGUGGGGGAGCCGUUCCUGCAGAUCCCAUCCCGAGCGCCGCAGUGCGUAUUUGGCUAUACUACUGAGCCGGGCUACCAAGCCUAUGUGGUCAUCAUCGUGCUGGUAUUCUUCAUCGUCCCCUUUUUGGUUAUGCUGUGCUCCUUCUUGGGCAUUCUGAACACCAUCCGCCACAACGCCAUCCGUAUCCACAGCCACCCGGACAGCAUCUGCCUCAGCCAGGCCAGCAAACUGGGCCUCAUGAGCCUGCAGAGGCCUUUCCAGAUGAACAUAGACAUGAGCUUCAAGACGCGUGCCUUCGCCACUAUCCUCAUCCUCUUCUCCGUCUUCACCGUGUGCUUGGCGCCCUUCGCUACGUACAGCCUGGUCUCCACCUUCAGCCAGACCUUCUACUACAGGCCCAACUUCUUUGAAAUCAGCACCUGGCUCCUCUGGUUGUGUUACCUCAAGUCCGCAUUGAACCCUCUUGUUUACUACUGGCGUAUCAAGAAGUUCCGGGACGCCUGCUUGGACUUGAUGCCCAAGUACUUUAAGUUCCUGCCCCAGUUGCCAGGGCACACAAAGCGCCGCAUUCGUCCCAGCGCCAUCUACGUGUGUGGGGAACAUCGCUCUGUGGUGUGAUGCCCGAACGGGAGAGCUGUCCCUGGCACUGGUACAUCUAGGUGUCACACCCACCUUGGUAAACAUCUGAGGGACCAGCGGAUGAACUGCUGUUGUGCAUAAGGACGCCUUGGAUCGUAUAAGUCUGGUUUACAGAACGUGUAAAUUAACUACUUGUAUGGACGUUUCAGAUGUUCGCAACGGAGUUGUCACUGGUUUCAAUGCUUAUUUCUCUCUUGAGCGUCCGUGCCUACGACUUUAGUCUAUGCCAAUCUGAAUGCUGCUACCUGUGGUGACCAUGUGCAAUUUCAGUGUACUGUAUUUUAACUUGAAUGUAAUAAAAAUACGUUUGUUACAUUA